AAAAUGCCCCGAAGGUUAUGGACAAUACCACAAAUUACUGUGCCUAACCAAGGGGAAACUGAUAUCUCAGAUACCAAGAAUGAUAUCUAUUUAAGGGGAAAACGAAAAAAAGAUUAACAGUAGACUUCAAAUUUCAAAGUGUCAUCAUCCUCACAGCUUGUGUAUCAAAUCAUUCAGCCCAUUUCUUCUGGACUGCUAAACUUUUAAAAUGGGUCAGUUUGACCCGCAACACAACACGAACUGACUUUUCAGCAUGUGACUCACGUACAUGAUAUACCACUUAGCAAGAGUUACAGUUAGGUCCAAAUUAGAUGGUGAAAUCAGCCACAUGGCCAUAAAUGAAGCUGACUUCAUACACUAAUAACCAUCUGAAACGCUUGUCUUUUUAAAAGUACAAAAAUAUUAAUAUUUUAUCCUGAGUAAUGAUUCCAGUAUUAUGAAAGCUACUAUAGGAGUACGACAUUUCUCUAGCAAUCUGUCCAACAUGAAUGUCUUUUCAUCCUGAGUCAUGAUUCCAGUAUUGUGAAGGCAAGCAUCAUAAUAUCGAUAUUUCUUUAUUAAUGCCCCAAACAUUAAUGUUGACUAUCCAAAGUAAAGUUUGGCUGCUGCGCAGUAUGCGUAACCUUUCUUUAAUGUGAAUUGCCCAACCCAGUAAACCACGUUUAGCUUUUUUGACAAGAAUAACAAAGCAUUGUGUACUAGACAGAUUGUCAGUGGAGUCCACCCUUGAGAGGUUUACAUAGGCCUAGCAACGUGGACCCCAACCCAUAAUCUUCCUGUAGCCACACCUGUAGAGCAGAGUAUAAAGAGGGCAGACUUGACUCAAGCAGGACAUCAAUCUUCAGAGAGUCUCUCCAUAGAAACUCGAAGAUGAGUCGCUUUGCCGGCCCGCUGAUGCUCCUGCUGCUUGGUCUCGCUCAGGCUUACCAGGAUGAAGAAUUCCAAGAGCAAGACGGGGAAGACACGGUCGACAUCUCCACCACAAUUCUCACCAUCAACAAUGGCAGUGAGGUGUUCCUCCUGGAAGGAGACCUGCUGGUUCCCAAAACCAGGAACGCCAUUAAGUGCCUUUACCAGAGCUGCCUGUGGAAUAGAGCCUCCAACGGUCACGUGACCAUCCCUUACGUGGUGAGCAGGGAGUUCCCAGAAUGGGAGAAGCGGAAGAUCGAGACGGCCAUGAGGUCCUUCCACGGCAGCACCUGCAUCCGCUUCGUGCCCCGGAGCAACGAGUACGACUACAUCAGCGUGGAGAACAAAGGCGGCUGCUACUCGGCUCUGGGACGGCAGGGCGGCAAGCAGGUGGUGUCCAUCAAACGCGGCGGGUGCCUCUACCACGGCAUCAUCCAGCACGAACUCAACCACGCUCUGGCCUUCCAUCACGAGCAGAACAGGAGCGACCGCGACGGCUACGUGCGGAUCAACUGGGAGAACAUCGACCCGGCGAUGGCCCACAACUUCGACAUGCAGGACACGAACAACCUGAACACCCCGUACGACUACGGCUCCAUCAUGCACUACGGAAGAACGGCCUUCAGCACCAACGGGAGGGACACCAUCACUCCCAUCCCCGACGCCCGCGUCCAGAUCGGCCAGAGGCAGGGCAUGUCCAACUGGGACAUCGAGAGGAUCAACGUGCUCUACGGCUGUUAAAACAACAUUUGUGAUCUCUUCAGUGUGUUCUUUAAUAAAGUCAUUGCAAUCUCAACACUUUUUGCCUCUUUACAUGCAACAACAGCCUUCAAUAUGAAGAAAAAAAAAGAAACAAAUAUGCAGGAAAAGUCGGACAGACAACAUGAUGUCCCUGGGAGAGGUUACUUGGUUCGCAGUGAGGGAUGUUGGGACAAAAAAAACAAUCAGAUACACCAAUCAGUCAAGCAAAACA